UUCUCGAGGACAAUAAUGGAAAUGAGGACCUGAAAGACUGGUGUGCUAGUGCUGGGUGUGGAUUAACAACCAUUCUGACUUGUAUUUCCACUUGGUUGCUUGGGCUUCAUGUUAAGUCUCUUGAGUUACUCAUAGCAGCCUAUGUUAAAAAAAAAAAAGGAAUCACUGGAUCAAAGCGAUGGCGUUUAAUGGAAAUCUCGGCAAACACGGCCUGGAGGGUGAUGCAAGUCUGCAGUUCCUGACAAAGGGAGGGGAUUUGACCAAGGUAAAAUCCGAAAAAUGGAAGAAGAGGCGCUUCUACAAGCUGAUGGAUGACGGAGAAACCGUGUGGAAAGAGACACACAAGGCCUUCAAGAAAGAAAAAACCUUCUCCAUUGACGACAUCGAUUCGGUGCGUCUCGGGCGUCAGUCCGAAGGCCUGCAGAAGUUCACCGACAGCAUGAUAGAGAAUCAGUGCUUUUCCAUCAUCUUCAAAGGCAAACGGAAGAAUCUCGACCUGAUCGCCAGCAGCAAAGAGGACGCCAAGAAGUGGGUGACGGGGCUGGAGAAGGUCAUCACCAACAUGCGCAACCUCAAUACACAGCAGAAAACUGAGCACUGGAUCAUCAGCUGCAUGCGCAAAGCGGACAAAAACAACGACAACAUGAUGACCCUGAAGGAGGUGAAGAGCUUCCUACGGCAAAUCAACAUCGAGGUGGAUGACAUGUACGCCACCAUGCUGUUUAAGAAAUGCGACACAUCAAAGUCAGGAACUCUGGAGGGUGAAGAGAUUAAGCAAUUCUAUGACCUGCUAACACAGCGUGAAGAAAUUAACGUAAUUUAUGGAAAGUACGCUACAACCGGUGGUCAGAUAAGUUCAGGGGAUCUGCUCAGAUUCCUGCAGGAGGAGCAGAGAGAGGCAGCAUCUCAGGAGGACGCGAUGAAGCUUAUCGACAAAUACGAGCCCGAUUUUAUAGCUAAGCAGAACAAACGCAUGACCAAAGAUGGCUUCCUGAGGUACCUGACCCAUGUGGAAGGGCUGAUCCUCAACCCUGCCCACAUUAAUAUCUACCAGGACAUGACACAACCCAUCAAUCAUUACUUCAUCUCCUCCUCUCAUAACACCUACCUGAUGGAGGACCAGCUCAAAGGGCCGAGCAGUACCGAGGCCUACAUCAGAGCGUUGGAGAAGGGCUGCCGCUGUGUGGAGCUGGACUGCUGGGACGGGCCCAACGGAGAGCCAAUUAUCUACCACGGUCACACGCUCACGUCCAAGGUGCUCUUUAAGGAUGUCAUCAAGGCUAUCAAAGACUACGCUUUUAAAACAUCUGAUUAUCCAGUAAUCCUGUCUUUGGAGAACCACUGCUCACUGGAACAACAGAAACUCAUGGCUCAAUACAUGACCUCCAUCCUGGGCAGCGCUCUUCUCACACGGCCUCUGGGGAAAGAGGUUCCCACCUGCUUGCCGUCUCCUGAGGAAUUAAAGGGACGUAUCCUGGUCAAGGGCAAACGCCUUAACAAACUGGAUGCAGCGUUUAACAACAACAUGGAGGAAGGGGACAGCGUGUCUGAAGAAGACGAAGCCGCCGAAGUCAAACAGGGCGAACAGGAUACCAAAAAUAAGAAAAAAAAGAUCAAGCUCGCUAAAGAGCUGUCCAACCUGGUGAUCUACUGCAAGAGUGUCCACUUCACCAGUUUCGAGAAUUCCCGGGAGAAACAUGCCUGCUAUGAAAUGGCCUCCUUCAAGGAAAGCAAAUCCAAAAAUCUGGCCGAAAAUUCAGCAUCUGAAUUCAUCCACCACAACAUGGAGAAACUGAGCAGAAUUUACCCUGCAGGCACCCGGACAGACUCGUCCAACUACAAUCCUGUGACGAUGUGGAAUGCAGGCUGCCAAAUCGUGGCUUUGAAUUUCCAAACUUCUGGAAAGGAGAUGGAUUUGAACCAGGGAAAAUUCCUGCCUAAUGGAAAGUGUGGCUACAUCCUGAAGCCUGAUUUCAUGAGGAACCCUGACUCUCAGUUUAACCCCAACAAUCUCAGAAAAGGAGUCUGGUUCAGAAAGAAGAUCCUGCAUGUCAUGGUCAUCUCAGCACAGCAGCUUCCCAAACUCAACAAAGACAAGCCCAAGUCCAUAGUGGAUCCUUUCGUGAAGGUGGAGAUCUUCGGCGUGCCGGCAGACCAAGCCAGCGCACAGACGGCCUACAUCACUGACAACGGCUUCAAUCCGGAGUGGAAUAAAAGCUUCAAGUUCAAUGUUAAUGUUCCUGAUCUGGCCAUAGUGCGCUUCCUGGUGGAGGAUUAUGACGCUGCAUCACACAACGACUUCAUUGGGCAGUACACGCUACCGUUUACUAGCAUGCAGAACGGAUACCGCCACAUCCCCCUGCUCACAAAAAACGGUGACAUCAUCCCUUCAGCCAAAUUGUUCGUCCACAUCAUGGUUAUGGACUCAGAACAGUGCUGAGAACGAGGAUCAGUACCACAGGGACAAAAGCAGACCCUUUUACUACAGAACAAACGCAUGAGGAAACACAGGGACGCUGUGCGAGACCACGUGAUUGUUCAAGGAAUUGUUUAGAAUAUAUUUAUGUAGAGCCAAACAUGAGGGAAAUGGUCACUAUGUACGCUUUUUUGUUUAAACAGAGUUUAUUUUUUACCUUUUUAUGAAAAAAAUCAUUUGCAAUACACAAAAGACCAUUUGCAUUAGAUCUAGUAUGAAAUACCUCUGAGGUGAGUGUGUGUUAGUGCACAUGUGCAGUUGAAAAUCUUUUAUUUUGACUUAUGAAUUAUGUUUUAAUGCGACUGUACAAAAAUAAACACACACCACAACGACAUCUAUACUGUCACUACUGUUGUACAGAACAGAGGUGCAUGAGGAGAAAACUGUUUUACACCAAACUAUUCAUAUAUUUUUAGAGGAAGAGCAGUGCCUGUCAAAAUUUUAGUUUUCCUUUUAUGUUGAGACACACGCAUGUUCCUUUUGUUUCUAUCCGACAAACUCAUGUCACGGUGUGAAGAUUCACUUCAGCCAAAUGUAUAAAUGUACAGAAGCUCGACUUUAUUUUUAGCAUAAAAAUCCUUCCUUAGCAUGAAUAACAGCUUUGCACUCUUGGCAUCCGGACAGUUCGUGUCUCCAAACAAUCAGCUGAAAUUUUUUCCCAUUCCUCUUGUAAAAAGUUGUUCUUCAGCAGUUCCUGUGAUCCAGUUGAUCCUAGAGCAGUUCAAUAGGAUUUAGGUGCAGUGACUGCACAGGCCGUUUCAUGACCGAUAUCACUCCAGCUGAGUGACGAUGAGCUCGGACGUAUUUUUCGACUCAUCGUCUUGUUGUAUGGUGAAGUCGGUUCCGAUGAGCCGCAGUCCAGACGGAAUUGCAUGGUGUUGAAUUAUGGAACGGUUGCCAUGUUGGUUCCUUUCUUCUAGAAAAAGUCUCCAAAUUCACCUGCUCCAAAACAACCCCCAGUCUGAUAACUUCUUCUCUCCUGUACUCUACCUGUCUUACACAAGUUCUUCUGUUAGAGACAGAAAUUUCCAUUUUUCCAGAUCUUCAUCUUUCUUCCAGUCAGUUACUGUCUAAUUCGUGUGUGUUUUUGCCUUUUAGAGCCUUAAGGAACAUUUAUGUGUCUCAAAAACCAUAAAAGACUGCACACUUUGGACAGGUGCUGUAUAAAAAUGUUUUUGACAUCAGGUCUUGUAUGCAAUAUCUUUUUUUUUUUUUUUAUCAUUCUUAGUAUAUGAACCAUUUGCUUUUUAAAAACAACCAAAAAUCAUGUUCGUUUUUUUCUAUGGUUUCUUUAGGUGACGUAAUUUAUCUAUAAAUCUUCCUGUUUGUUAUAUACAUGGUUUUUUAUAGUUAACAGGGGCCAAUAUCUGUUUCGUAUUUUUUGAUGAUUACGAGGAAGCGUGUGUGUUCUGCAUUCAGUUUAAGGUUAAAGUCUGAGCGCUUUAUGAUCAUACCAUGUUGUUUGUGUAUUGCUUCUAUCACUACUUGACCUUUCGAAAUAUGGUCAUUUUUUUUCCUGCUAGAUGAAGUGAUCAUCUAUUGAUUGUGAAUGUUUGAUCUGUCAAUGUUUCUUCUUGUUGUAAUCAGGACCAAGUAAGUAAGCUUCAUUGAUGCUAAUGAAAUAUUGCUGCUGUUUCACGUCUAAAUAAAUCAUAUUUAAAUAGUA